CGGACGCGCGGGUGCCCCAGGUUGGUGUCCGCCGCUGGGGUGAUCUGGCGCAGAUCGGAGGAGGCGCUUGGGGCCCAUCUCCUGCUCCUCCCUCCCCUUUGCUUGCGGCCUCCCAGAGGUCGGCCCAUCUCCUGUGGCCUCCGUGAAAUGUGGAUGACGCCCAAGAGGAGCAAAAUGGAAAUCGACGAGUCUCGGGCGUUCCGGGCCGAGUGGACCCAGCGGUACCUGGUGGUGGAGCCUCCGGAGGGCGAGGGCGCCUUGUGCCUGGUCUGUCGCCGCCUGGUCGCAGCUACCGGCGAGUCCGACGUCAAGCAGCACUACGAGGCCGAGCACGAGUACUACGAGCGGUAUGUAACGGAGGACGAGCGCACGGCGCUGGUGGAGCGUCUGCGUCGGGGCGGCUUGCCGGAGGCCGCCCCGCUCACUCCGGAGCAGAGAAUAGCUCGUGCAGGCCUGGGACUCGCCCGCCUCUUGGCCUUGAAGGGUUGCGGCUGGGGCGAGGGGGACUUUGUGCACCGGUGCAUGGCGGUGAUGCUGAGCGACGUGCUGCCCGACCACGUAGGCAUUAUGGAUGGCAUCGAUUUGUCUCCAGAGACCACGCGGCAGCGAGUCCUGGACAUUCACCAGAAUCUACGCAGUCAACUUUUUAACCGAGCCAAGGACUUUAGAGCCUAUUCCCUUGCCUUGGACGACCAGGCUUUUGUGGCCUAUGAGAACUACCUGCUGGUCUUUGUCCGCGGCGUCGGCCACAAUUUGGAGGUACACGAAGAGCUUCUGACCAUAAUCAACCUGACUCAUCACUUCAGUGUUGGCGCCCUCAUGGCGGCAAUCCUUGAGGCCCUGCAGACGGCCGGGCUUAGCCUGCAGCGCAUGGUUGGACUGACCACGACCCACACUCUGAGGAUGAUUGGUGAGAACUCUGGACUGGUGUCAUACAUGAGAGAAAAGGCUGUAAGCCCCAACUGUUGGAAUGUGAUCCACUAUUCGGGAUUUCUUCACUUGGAACUGUUGAGCUCCUACGAUGUGGAUGUUAAUCAGAUCAUAAAUGCCGUAUCUGAAUGGAUAGUUUUGAUUAAGACCAGAGGCGUGAGGCGGCCGGAAUUUCAGGCUUUACUGACUGAAUCUGAAUCAGAGCACGGUGAAAGGGUUAACGGACGCUGUCUGAACAACUGGCUUAGGAAAGGGAAGACUUUGAAACUAAUAUUUUCCUUAAGAAAAGAGAUAGAAACAUUCUUGGUCUCGAUAGGAGCCACGACGGUCCAUUUCACAGACAAGGAAUGGCUCUGUGACUUCGGCUUCCUGGUGGAUAUUAUGGACCACCUUCGAGAAAUUAGCGAACUAUUGAGAGUGAACAGAGUCUUUGCUGCCGCUGCCUUUGACCAUAUCUGUGCCUUUGAAGUGAAGCUGAAUUUACUUCAGAGACAAGUCGAGGAAAAAAAUUUGACCAACUUUGCUGCCUUGAGCCAAGUGGUUGAUGAGCUUAAAGAGAAUCUUCAAGAAGACGAAAAAGUACUCGAUCUUGAGAGGUAUCGAGGGGUGAUCUGUCGCCUACAGAAAGAGUUUGAACGACAUUUCAAGGACCUCAAGUUCAUUAAAAAGGACUUAGAGCUUUUUGCUAAUCCAUUUAGCUUUAAACCUGAAUAUGCACCUAUUUCAGUAAGGGUGGAACUUACAAAACUUCAGGCAAAUGCUAGCCUUUGGGAGGAAUACAGAACCAAAGAUUUAGGGCAGUUCUAUGCUGGGCUGCCUGCCGAAUCUUUCCCGAUUAUCAAAGGGGUUGCCUGUAAGGUGGCAUCCUUGUUUGAUAGCAGCAAAAUCUGUGAAAAGGCUUUUUCAUAUUUGACUCGAAACCAACACACUUUGAGCCAGCCUUUGACAGACGAACACCUCCACGCCCUGUUUCGGAUUGCGACCACUGAAAUAGAGCCACGCUGGGAUGAUCUUGUGAGAGGAAGAAAUGAAACCAAUCCAUAAACUCUUUAAGUACAACAUUGAAACACUCAACAAGAAUCCAAUGCUAAAAGCAAACAUCUAUUUGAUUUUCAAGUUUGCUAAUUUGGAUUGUGGGAAGGCACCAUCUUCUUCCAUCAAAAUUGAUCAUAAUUGAUACUCUUUAGACAGAUUUUUUUUUUUUUUUCCCCAUCUCAAGAAGCAGCAUGGGACUGACACCUGCAGACGCCUUUUUUUUUUUUCUAAAGCUGAAUUUCAUGGCAAAGUCAUUAUCUUUUGCUUUUAUGAUAUAAUUGUUUUUAAAGAAGUUUAGUACUAAUAAUGUGAGUUGAAUCAGAAGUCUGUUUUUAAGGUGUUUCGAAGAAACUUUUGCUCUUAUUUUAACCAAAAAGGUGUUAAAAUUCUGAUGCGUAUAGUCUGAAAGUAUCAACUCCUAAAAUAUAUGUUUGAGCCAGUUUGCAGAAACUCACAUAGCAACUGCAGAAGCUUCUUCAAAGGAGGAGGUGUUUUGUCUAAUUAUCAAAAUGUUUUUUUGGCUAUUUUUUUUUAGAGAUGUUUCUGAGUCUAAAUAUAUUUACUUACUUUAGACCUAUUUCCUCUCUCUCCCCUUCCCCUGCCCCAUGGUAGCGAUAAUGAUAUUAGUCAGAGGAGCAAGAAUUGUUUUAAAUUGCUAGUUUAAGAGGCUUUUACAGUUUGAAGAUCAGACUAACCAAUUUUUGGCAGUUUCCCCUGAAUGCUUCACAGUUGGGUGCCGUUUUUAUGAGCUUGCCUGUUAGAAGACUAUGGUAAGUAUAGACUCUUAGGGGCUGCCCACUAGUCAUUCUUUGUUGUACUCUAGACAGUUUGGCCCUGUCAAAAAGGAUGAGAAAGAGAAAAUGUUUGCAUCGCAGGAUCAGGAGGUGUGAGCUGUUUUAGCUUAUUUGUCACAUCAGCCUGGGCGCUAAGGCUUUAUAGAGAAAUCCUGCUAAAAGGCAAUCCUUUAUUUUAACGUGAUGUAUCAAAUGUUGUUUGUGACUUUAAAUGGAUUUAUUAUCAACUUGCCAUUGUCCCACACAUUGUGUAUUUAAGACUGCACAAGGGGAAAUAUUUUAACUCUGCAGAAGCAGCUUUAUUUACUGAUUGUAGCAGUUCCAUAUUUUUUAGUGAGACACCUGCUUUGGACUAAAACAGUAAUUUUCAAAUUUAUGUUAACCAUUAAAAAAUCUUACAGUAAAGCCAAAUAUGUGAAAUGAUUUAAGGACAGGACCCAACUUAGAGAUCCGCUCAAGUACAAUUUGAAAACUUGUGCUCAAGUCCUGUCUUAACUCUUGGAAUGCAUUUCUCUAUGGUCACUAAUUCAGCAAAUUCAAGGAACCAGAAUAAACAAGAAUUUAGAAGGAACGUGAAGCCUGAGCAAUCAAAAUAGAACCAAAAUCUUGCCAGUGGUUCUCAAUCAGACAGUAUCUCCUCCUUUAAAAUGUAGGGAGAUGAAGGAGACUUUUUAAUUGUGACAUUCAUUAGGAGGAAGUUCUGCUGGCGUGUAAGCAUGAAUGACACCCUCCCCUUGUGGUGCAUAGGAUAGCACAGCACAGUCAAAAUUCCUGCCAAAGUUCCAGCAGACCCCCCUCCACCCGAGUACAUCAUCUGAUUUUGAGGGAGAAGGCAAAUUACCGGUAGAAGCAGAAUUAGAAGGGCAAGUUAGGCUAAUUGAUAACAUUUGAUGGUGGAGACUAAUUCCAGCAUUCCAGAUUUGGCUGGUAAGAUACAGUCAAGGCCCUGAUAGGUUCUGGUAGCUCAGAAGAGCAUUUAUAAAUCAGUAGUUGGCACUGAGCCAGAUUAAAGGGCUCUGUUCUAUUACACUUAAUUACACAUGUUUUAUUACACACAAUUAGUUUAGGGCAGGAAAGAAAGUGUUCUAUAUUUCUAAGAUACUUAGCGAGAAUGGUCAAGUUAAGAUUUGGGUUAACAGGGAGUAAGCUUAAACAUCUGGAGAAACAGCAGAUUAGAAAACCAAAAAAGAACAAAAACAUCUGCCGGUAAUUUGCCAGUAGUUUGGAGUAUUCACUUUCAUGGCAGGUGCCUUAAUUGAAAGGAUAAUUGGAAGACCUGUAAGCUGCUUCUGCUUUCUAACUCCAGUUCCUCAAAUACUGAAGUUUUGUACAUUUUGUGAAGUUCCAUUAUAUGUUUUGCUUAGAGUGAUCAUAAAAUUAGUUCUGUAGUCACUGACUGUGGGGGAGGUAUAAGCCCAGAAUUUUAAAUUAACCCUGAACAGUAGAGAAUUUGCUAUGUAAAUUAGCCUUGUUUGUAAAAAGAAGUGUGUAUUUUGCUGUUUUCUGUACUAAGUAAUUCUGUAACUGCAUGGCAGUCUUUACAAGUUACUUUUUAUAAAAUAGCUGUUACUGGUCCUGUCAUAUCAGUGAAUAUAGUUAAAGUAAGUACUAUUUUUUUUAAAAAACUCUUGUCCCAGUAUCUCCCAUUCCUACUAGUUUUCUUCAAAGAUUUGUCUGUAUUCCUCCCUCCCAUACUGUGCUCCGAUCACUCUUCUAAGUUUCCCAAGUCCUUGUCAAUAUGCCUUCCCUCUUCCCACCCCUGACUGCCCUCCUUGAAAUGCUUGCUUAGUUUGGCUUUUGGGAGAGGCCAUCUCCAAGUACGCGUUCUACAUCUUCUUUGCAGGCACCUCUUUCCCUUAAACAUCUGUGUCCUUGGGAUUUUUUUAAUUUGGUUUUACGCUAUCUUGUUUACAUCAUCUCCUUAGCUGACCUUUUUUUUUCUUUCAUCCCUUCAGUUACCAACUGUAUGCAAAUGACUCCAACUUCAUGUCUCCUUUCUUGACCUUCCCUGAUUCCCAUAUCUAAUUGCUAACUCAAGUCCACUUUGCAUAGGCAUCACACAUGUCCUUGACCUUGUCCCCCAAACCUGCUCCUCUCCUGGUCCCUUUCUCUGUAAAUGGCACCACCACUGCCAGCCAUUCAGUUGGCACAGCCUGAGCCCCAAACUCAGGUCUCCAUGACCUUUCCCUCUUCAUCCAUCACAUCCACUCACACACGCCUUUCUGUGAAGUCUGCUGCCUACACAUUCCUCAGUUCUCCAGUGUACUCUGAUUCAGGCCGUCAGCCUACCUAAAUCACAGCAGUGGCCCCCUCCGUCUCCCUUUGUCUGGUUGUGAUCCCUUGUCACGCUGCAGCCAGAUUACUCCAGAAGUCUCAUCACUCCUUGCUUCACCCACUGCUCUUAGGAAAAGGUGCGGUUUAUGUGCCACUUCCUCCAGGAAGCCUUCAUCCAUUCCCUCUAGGCUAAGUGCCCCCACGAUGCCUCCCUAAAUACCCUGUUUCUCACCAGCCAUAUACUUAGCACACUGCAUCGAUCCUUCCUGUUGAUCCGUGCUACUCUGUGAGCUUUGCAAGCCUGGAGACCAUGUAUAUGCCUGCUCACUGCUACAUGUAAUGCUUAGCACAGUGCCUAACUUUUCAGUAAAUAUUUGGAUGAGUAAAUAUUUGUUCUACUUUUCCCAGCCCUUUCAUAGUCUUUGAUCUUCUCUAGUUCUGCCUUGACCUGCUUGCUGGGUAACUUAUCCACCAAUUGCCAAGUAAGAAAUGAAACUAAGUUCCUUGUGACUAGGGAAUUGUAUUCCUAGAAUUGAGUUCAGUGCUUGGCCUGUGGCUCAAAUAUUUACCAUGUGACUGUGUUGAGGAAACACUGCAGUUGGCCCUUGUAAACAUGAAGUAGUAAAAUGAAGUGUCCUCAUAGAAUCCACCGUGUACUACUGUCUUUACCUCCUUGAUAAUAGAAGUCUUCAUUUUUUCUUUCUUUCUAAUUUCUAAAGGCAGGCUUACAAAGGAACCUGGAUGAGAAAGAUCGGACAACCAUGUAGUGGACUAAAACAAUACUUCAGUUACAUUCGGUACCAGAAAAAGAUAAUACCUGCUUAAGAGUUAAUCCCUAUUUUCCUUCUGUAAGCAUCAACUCUGGGAGAAAACCACCUGCUCUUUUCCUUUACAGAUGGUUUCUGGCUCUUCUGGGAUUUUAAAGUAAGUAAAUUUCACAAAAUACGAGAAGAAGGACCCAGUCAGCCCUUCUGAUCACUAGAUACUCGGUUCACAUGCUUUCCUACUUGCAGAAUGUCAUCACUCAUCACCUCCCCAAGGAAGGUAACCCGGAAGUGCUAUGUGCUCAAUGUAUGCUGCUUAGAUUUGCUCUGUUUCUUUGCUUUCUUGGUCUCCUGCCUCUCUGAACUUAUUUUCUGGGUCACCUGGGCUUCCAGGUGUUGUGAAAGAGCCACACCCAUCAUCUCUUACAUUUUUUCAUUUUUUUCAUCUCUUGCUGAGCCGUUUUUUCCAGUUUAAGGGAUUAACUGGUGUUACACUCUUAACUGGACUUUUAGCCUGAGGCCCAUUAACUAAUUCAGAGAUUUUAACAGUAAGUGUGAUUGUCAUCCAUGAUCGGAUCCUUGCUGCAAAACUGGGUUUUACUCAACCUUUGGCAUAAAGGAUUUCUCAUUUUUAUCUCUCUCUCUAAUUGAGACGUAGCCUCUUCCUACGUCUUGAGUUUGUGAACUGUAUUCCCUUGUAUUUCUGCUUGCAAACUGAUGAACUCUUCUGAGUUCAUCCCUUUCCUGUCUGUUUUGUCAAAUGGGACCAACAGCUACCAUAAAAUAUUUUGUUUCCUUGUCUUAAAGAGAGAUUCUCUGCCUUCCAGAUUCUCUCCAGGGAAUUCUUCCAUUACCCUGCAGAAAUGACUUCUGUUCUCCGACAGCAACUUCCAGAAUGCCUGCCAACUAAGUCAGUGUUCAGUACUCUAGGUUUUUGAAAACAGAAACUCUUUCUGUCUCAAUGAGCUAGGCUGCCAUGCGGUAACAACCACAAGAUCCCAGCUUUUCUCUGGUAGUCUGGCGAGGGCCUCUGCUCUAAGUCGGGGGUUGAAGGCCAUGGGCAAGGUGUGUCCUACUGCCCGUUUCUCUAAAAGUUUAAUUGGGAGACAGCCUUGCCCAUUUGUUUCUGCCUUAUCUAUGACUGCUUUUCUGCUACCCUGGCAGAGUUGUGGGGUUAGAGAAGAAAGUGUGCAACCCACAAAAUGCAAAGUAUUCACUAUGUGACCCUUCAGAGAGUGUUCACUGACCCAGGCUUUAAGUGGUCCUCAUUCUAGGGCUCGAGCUGACCAAGCGGAUGUCACCUAGGCUGUGACUGCUCAUUUAGGGAAAUGAAAAAGUAGGACAAGUCACUCACAGGCCGUUUAAGCACUCUCACUGGCCAGAAGAGAUCCCACGGCCACGCCAAGUCCAAGGAGUGUGAUCCUUCCUCGUGCCUUGGAAGAGAACCAAAAAUAUUUGGAAGAUGAUACUACCAACGAACACAUAGCUAUAUUUCUCUCUCUCUCUGUCUAUAAAAUUUCUUUGAAAGUAUUUUUUCUUUUUAAUUGCGGUGAAAUUUAUGUUCAGUAAAAUGCAAAGACUCCAUGCACACCUUGUGGAUUUUUAUGCACACCCUAGAAUCCAUCAACCAAAUCAAGACCCGGAACACUUCAGCUCCCUGGUCGCGGCCCUCCUGUGCACACCCCCAGCCUGCCACAGAUAACCACUGUUCUGACCGUUAGCACCAGAGAUUAUAUUUGUUUUAAAGCUUCAUGUAAAUAUGAUAAUUCUGUGUACUCUUGUUCAACAUUGUAUCUGUGAGUUAUCCAUGUUGUGAUUCAUUUAUUAAUACUUCUGUGUAGUGUUCUGUCGUAUGACUUAUACAACAAUUUAUGAAUCCAUUCUACUGUUGGUGGAAAUUUAGGUUGUUUCCAGUUUGUAGUUGUUAAUGAAUAAAGUUCUUAUGAACA